AUGCUCGAUCGACCUCGUAUCUGGCUGGACGCCAGCGGCGAGGAUAUCGUCAAUCUGAUCCUGUACUCACCGUUGAUCGUGCCCUCCACUUAUGGACAUAGGUAUAUGUUGGUGUCUCUGGUGGAUGUGACAGAAUUCAUCAAGGACAGCGCCGGAUAUGUCCCCGAGCUUGACACAAUAUCGGAAGACAUCUCGAUCGUUGAUGAGGUUGCAACUCCGCCAUCCAUUCCCCAUCGGGCCCCUAGGAUUUGGUCAGACUACGAGUACCACCUGUCUUCCGAUGAUCUGCUUGGAGGGUGCACUCCGGACUAUCAUAAGGCAUACACGGCGCGUCCGGGGCCAGAGCUGGAGGAGGACAUCUGGUUGACGUUGGCCGCUGCAGAAAACCAGUCCAUUUCGACUAGCACAAGAACAGCCUCCAGACCACACCCGUCCCAAUCACCGAAGAGUUCUGGACGUGGCGCCGCGCCACACGCAAGGGACACGACAGACGACAGCCUAGAGGAGUUCAUGAAGAGCCUGCAGGACUUGCACUCUCAUUUCUUCUUGUUGAGCAAAUCACCAUUGGCGGACCAUUACGAGAUAUGUACUGUCUCGCCGAUGAUUGCAGCGAGUAGAGAUUGGAGCGCCGGCCUGUCGUGCAACUCAUUUGAGGUCCUGGAUUAUGUGGGAGAGCGGCUCGACGAGGAUGAGCCGUUCACUGUCAAGGUGCGGUGGGGAUCUGCUGGAGCACCGAAACAGUUGUACUGCUCGCCAUUAUUCAUGGGGCCUUCCAUCUCAUGGGUCUGCUAUCUGGUAGACGAGGAGAUAGGGAUGUUGUGGUAG